CCUCUCUCGACGGCGCUCCGCCGACACGUGUUCUGACGCUCGACUCGUUCCGCUUCACGUUCUCGACGACCUAGCCCCGGCGCACGACGACCUACCACAUCUCUUCUCAUCUGUACCCUCACCUUCCUUUGUCUCUACCACCUGGGUCUCGCUAUGCUCCUCUCUCCCAAUCCCGAAUAUGUCUCCUUCAGGCCCUCAAAACGUGACUCCAGCAUGUCGCCCUCGUGCCGUUCAUCCACCUCCCUCCUACACAGCACGCCCCCUAGACGACCCAACUCCUCGUCCUUUGCUUUCGACUCUCCCAUGCUCACCCCGUCCCCGCUCAGACGCCAGGCCUUGCCUAUUCCAGCACCCGUAGAGCAGGAUGAUAUUUUCCAGUCCCCUUUGCGCGCAUACAGUGCGUAUUCUCACCGCUCAUCAUGCGCCCACGACUCCUCCAUGGUUGUCGACGACGAAGACGAUCUGUUCCUCGGUCCCUCUUCGUCCUCAUCCUCCCAUAUCGUCCCUCCAUCAUCUCCCGCACCUCUCCGUACCCCCCUCCGCACACCGAUCAAGGACUCGCCGCAAUUUUCGCCUGAUCGUGCUCCAUUGUCCCUCAAGCGUCCCAACGCUGCCUCAUCGUUGAUGGCCUCCGCAAGCGCCGGCACUAAGCGCAAACCGACGCCCAUUUGCACCACCCCCUCACGCAGCCGAACUAUGACGCCUCUCAAUGUCACUUCCGCCGCCAUUACCCGUGAUUCUGGCGCCCUGCUCUUCGAUCGCCUCGCUCCCAUCUCCGCCCCUCGCUUCUGCUCUCGUACACCUCAAAGCAAGGCGGAGACCGAACUGCAUCUCAGGAAGCAGGCAGAGACGAUGACCAUGUUGAGCAUUCGCGAUCUUGAUCACUUUCCAGAUGAGAGCGACCAUGACUCGGAUGUCGACGGGAAGCGGACAAUAGAGUACCAGCAGCGUCUCUUUCGGGCAACUUCCGGCGGCUCUGCAGCACCAUUAUCCUCUAUAAAGCCCAGGACGCGACUCAAACCCACCGCCAACGCCCAGUCCCCCGGCCUCGAGGUGUUGACCCGCAAGGGCCUCAUCAACGACGAAGAGGUCGCGGAGGCCAUCUCCCCUGGCGGCCACGUUACCAAGCGGCGAGCCCGCACACGCCCCGUGUCUUCCGAGUUGCUCGAUUCGGUGCACAAUACGCCCGCUGCCUUUCAUACUCAGCAGGCCACAACUACCCCACGCAUAAAUGAGAGCAAGGGCGCUAGCACCGUCGCUUUUCCUUCCGCUCGCACCAUGCGUACCCGCACAAAGUCCAACUCUUCCACGACAUCCUCCGAGUCCAGCUCGCCACGUCGCCGACUUCACGCCACUGCUAGUGCAAACCCUCGUGCUCGCACAGAGUCGCAUACAGGCCGCACAUUGAAUCGCCUUCAAAGCUCCAGUUCUGCCACCUUGUUCUUUGGACCCGCUAUCACACGGAGCACCACUAGCGUCAACAAAGGCUCCGCGAAGCGAACGAGCAGAGCACCGCCAACAACGAACUCUCCCAUUCCGCCUUUGUUCCUCCAACCCGACACACCGUCCUCCCAACGUCCUAAGAUUGUCAGUCGACACAGCUACGCAGGUUCGGACGUGCCUUCCUGGGCUUGGGAGAGCAGGUCGCCCGCGGCUGUGGCGUCAUCGCCACCGCCCGCUGCUGGACGGAAACGCUUGGAGAGCGACUCCUCCGAAGAUGAAGCAGACCUAUUCUUCAACAGUGGUCCUGCAGACUCAUCGUUCGCAAUCAGCCUGCAGAACGGCGGCACACCAAGUCCAAAGAAGAAGCAGAAACGCGAGAACCUCGAGCCACUGCCGAAGAAGUUCCGUCCACGCGACUCCGGCGUCGUACUCGACGACAGCGACGAAGACCUGGACAUCCCUCUCGACGAUGCAACAGACUUCUUGACGGCUGCGAUGCCUCGAGCGUCGACGUCGGUCAGCACAAUGGGGUCCUCGAGCGACGAUCUUGUCACGCCUGGGUUUGCUCCUUCUGCUACCUCUGGGUGGCCAUCCAUCAACAUCGCCAGCCACGACGAUCAACACUCGCACGGCUCCCUGGGUUCUCACACAGGGAUUAGCCGUGGGGUAGACGCUUUCAUCUUGAAGACGCUCGUCGCCGGUGGCUCUGUAUCCACCCGCGGAGACGCGGAGCCGAAGCGUGUUCCGGGCACUCCGGUGAAGAAGAUCAAGACUGCACACCUAGUUGGCGGUGUUCAACGCCCAUGGCAGAGCGCUGUGGCGCACAAGAUCGGGUUCAAGGACUUUGAGGACGGAUCCGACGCGGGCGCGACUGGCGCCGGGAAGGGCAAGAAACCGAGGAAGAGUCUGCCUGCUGCUUUCCCCGGCCUAGGGCGAAUGCGAGAGGCGAAGAGUGCGCGGAAGGAGCGGCAGCAGCUGAUGGGUCCUCCAGUAGAGGUAGACCCGGAUGAGGCGGAAAGUCCGACGCUCGGGAGGGACGGCAAGUAUUCCGGGCUCGGACUCGGUCGACCAACGUCGACAUUGUCGCCAUUCACGCGACCGUCAGGCGAUGGGCGUAUCGGACGGGCGAGCUGGUUGAUGCGUAGGACCAGCAGUGGUGCGUUCUCGAGCUCAAGCGAAGCGUCUUCCGUGAACGCGACGCCUACGAGACUGAAUUCGCAAGAAUGGGCGUUGCCACCACCACGGGUACCGACGCCUGCAUCGCCACUCAAGCACAGUGUCGGGACAGCUAGCCGAUCAACGUCUGGUUCCUCUUCAUCUACGGCUACCAACUCGCCCACAGUCAAUGCUGCUGCAAAGGUUACAUUCGCUGUCCCGCGUGAGCGACGCGCCAGCCAGAACCUCUCUGGGCUGCGCACACCAGGCUCCGGGCUUUUCGCCGGACUUCACGCCCCUCGACCCCAUACUCAUGCUCACCCCGCUCGGCAAUCGCAACCCCAAGCGGCUAUACGACGGCUCUCCGCGCCCUCCGAUGAGGAGAAGCCGGGUCGCUUUGUACAAGAGUUCGUGGAAAUCGACGAGGUCGGGAGUGGGGAGUUUGGACGUGUGUUGAAAGUGCGCUACAAGGACAUGUCGCGAGGCGAUAUCGUGUUUGCGGUAAAGAAGUCGAAGCGGUUCGAGGGUGCGAAACAUCGCCUCCGUCUUCGCGAAGAAGUCGACAUCCUCAAGCACCUUUCUGACGCCGUCAUGCGCUCUACGGACGCGGCGGUCCGCGCUUCCGGCCGACACCCGAAUAUCCUCGGAUAUGUGGACAGCUGGGAGGAGGAUGAGACGCUGUACAUCCAGACGGAGCUGUGCGAGCUCGGAAACCUGGCGCACUUCCUGUGGGAGUACGGGCGUGCGUUUCCGCGACUCGACGAAGCGCGUGUGUGGAAGAUCACGGCGGAGCUGUCUGCUGGGCUGCGCUUCAUCCACGACGCGGGCAUCAUCCACCUCGACCUGAAGCCGGCGAACAUCUUCCUCACCGGAGAAGGUCGGUUCAAGAUUGGGGACUUUGGGAUGGCAUCGGUGUGGCCGCGUCCGACGCCACCUGGCGAGGCGCAGCUCAUCGCUGGCGCGAAGCCCGCAGGGUUCGAGCGCGAGGGCGACAAGCUGUACCUCGCGCCGGAGGUGCUGCAGGGCCGGUAUGGGAAGGCCGCGGACGUGUUCAGCCUGGGGAUGACGAUGCUGGAGGCAGCAUCGAACAUCGUCGUACCAGACCAGGGCGAAGGAUGGCACCGGCUCCGCCGGGAAGACUUCAGCCAGGUCGAGCUGGACGCUAGCCCGGAGCUAUGGGAGCUGCUGAAGAGCAUGAUGCGCGCGGCGCCUGCUCUGCGGAUUGGCAUCACGCUCGUGGACACACAUCCGGUGGUUCUCCGAGCGCGGCGGGCGAUGGAGAAGAUGCGGGCGCAGUGGGGCCCGGUCUUUGGGGCGUCACCUCUGGGCGCUGUCCCGGACGGGUUCCUGGACGAUAUCCUCGGCCGGGGGAAGCGGCACGGGAGCCUUGUGGACGAUUCGGAUGAGGACGACGAGGACUGGGACAUGGAGCUAGGCGCGUGAGCGUGUCCCGGUCGUCGGUCGUUGCGUUGUGAGCACUAUGCGUUUCUUCUCUUCUCUUGAUUGCUAUGCCGUUUCUUCGUCUUUGUGUCUUGCGUCUACAGUUAGCUAUGGCUCUGCUCGAUUGGAUAGCCCAGACUGCCUACGGGGUCUUGGUUACGAUAUGAUUAAUGUCGCGAUGUAGCAACAGUUCACGUUCAAUGCCCCUCUCCGGUCUCCUCACUGCACUUUUCCACGAUUCCGUCGCAUCCUCACCACCCCCAUAUCCAACCUCAUUCCCAUGUCGAUCGUCCCCGCACUACCCACUCGCACUGUCGCCGCAAUUACCUCACGUCUUCCCUGCAAUGCCCCCGCCUCCCCUCCUCGCCCUGGCUGCGAGCGACUAUUUCC